AGAAAGGUAUAUGCAACAUGUUUGAGCACUUUAAGAAUGACAAGGAAGAUCUUUACCAACACCAGGGAGAGGUGGAGGCAGCAAAAUGUCAACAGUGCCUUUGCCAAGCUAAGGAAGCUCAUUCCCACCCACCCACCAGACAAAAAACUGAGCAAGAACGAGACACUCCGGUUGGCCAUGAGAUACAUCAACUUCCUCGUCAAGGUCCUGGGAGAGCCAGGCCUGCAGCAGACAGCAGUGGCAGCUCGAGGCAGCAUCCUGGGAUUCUUCCAGCAAGCCCCACACUUGCAGAGCAUGGAAAAGCUGACACUGAUUGAAAACUGUGGUGUCCCCUGUCCUGGCAUGAGCAGCAAUAUAGUAGAGUGUUGGUCAGAGGCAUCAUGUCCCUAG